AUGAAAAGGCUAUACGUACCCCCUUGUGAUUCAGCUCUAGUGCCUGUUAAGUGUGAAGGUGAUCCCAAAAGCGAGGUAGAAAGGGUAAUAUGGCCCAACAAACGUGGUGUUGAACUGGGAGUUUACGCCAUCAAAGAUCAGAAAACGGCAAUUCCGGUGUUCAACAGCAGCAUGGAACCCCUACUUCUGAAGGAAGGAGAAGAGAUCGGACAUUGGGGAACGGAUAAGUGGCACGAGCGCUGGGAAGAUUGUAACCCGCUCAUAUCCGAUGAAGGUGCUAAUGAGGUAUUAUCAGAAGAGGAGCGAGUGGAAAAGCUGGAGGAACUACUGUUAGCAAACACGGAAUCUCUAGCACUGGAUGGAGAACUGAGGGGCCUCCUGAAAAAGUAUUCAGAUACAUUUUCGAUUUCCGAUAAGGAACUAUCCCAAACUGAGUUGGUAAAAAUGACCAUAGAUACGGGAGACUGUGCGCCGAUAAAAAUGAAAGCAAGACCAGUGCCACUGGGGCUGAGACCAAAACUGAAGGAGUUACUAGCAGACUUGUUAGAAAGGAAAGUUAUAGAACACAGCAAAUCAGAGUGGGCGUUUCCCAUUGUUCUUGUAGAAAAGAAAGGAUGGCUCAAUCCGAUUGAAGUUCGUCAGUCGAACUCUAAUUAG